AUGAUGAAGGUUGCUCUGUUGAUGUCAGUGGUUGCUGUCGCUUUUGGUUUCAAGUGUGAAUCUCCAAAGCACUCGGCUACGUCAUUUUCAACUACCGAUGGCUUCUUCCACUUUCAUACAACUUUCAUUGCAGAGUUCACAUUGCAGUGCAGUAAUAACAUAAAGGAUUCUCCCUUCUUCGCUGUCAUCAAUGGCCAUAUUUACAACGUAGCGGUUUCUGUGGAAACUGCCAAAUAUCAGAUAUCGUGGACUCAAGAGCAUGAGCAGUCUGAUGCGCAACAGAUAUCUAUCAAAAUCUUCGACGAAGAGGGUAUUGCAGCUUACAGAAAGAAUUCUAACACCUCUCCAUUGUUUACGAUUGAGCAUUACCAUGCGGGUCUCACACGGAAGCCUUUCGUCUCUUCUGAAACGGUCGCUCUUCUUGUUUGCUUGGCUGCACUUUAUUAUGCAAUCAAGCAAAAAUCAGAAAUUACCCAUUAG